GGUGUAUACAUAAGUAAAAACAGAACGUGCCCUGUCUCGGGUUACACAGAGAAAAAGGUUGGAAAAAGUGCAGAGGAAUCCACAGGCAGAUUUUGGGAAACAUUGAACUGCAUGGAGCCCAUCAGACUGGAGAAUGAAGAUCUCUGCUGUGGUAAUAGUUCUCCUGACUAAUGUCUUUUUUGGAAAUGUUUGCUCAGCUAUCAAUGCCACAGUCACUCCAUCUCCAUUCACACUCGUGGCCGAGGGGGACAACAUCACCUUGUCCUGUCAGGUGAGCCAGCGGCGCAGGUCAGCGAGCAUGCCCGUGGUGCGCUGGAUGUUCCAGCCCGAAUGGGGAGGAGAAGAUCUGCUGGUGGUGAAAGUAAACAUGCGCAAAGAAAAGUUUUACGGAAACUACACCAAGAGCUUCCAUGGGCCUAAAAUGAAACUGACGGUGGUAAAACAGGGGAAGAUAUAUAACCUCCUCAUCAUGAACAUCACCAAACAAGACAGAGGUCUUUACAGCUGUAGGGUCCAAGAGUUUAAAUGGCACCAGGAACGUUGGAAAGCUUUAACCAACAGCUCAGCGUCCACACAUGUCAGAGUUCAUGUUCUUCCAGCUGACAGACCAAAGGACGAGUUGUGGAGUCUGUUUGAAGAUGUAUAUUUGUGUGCUGUGCUGGUUUGCUGCGUUGGACUUUUGUGCAUGUGUAUGUUUACUGUAGCUGUGAGUUGUCAGUAUCUGCAGAGGAAGAGACGUUUAAAAGAAAACUAUCACUUGGUCAAGAGCCCACAGAACAGCUCAGGCGAGACAGUCACCAGUGUAGUCAGUCUGUCUCCUGCUCUUCCCAAAAAAGAGAGGAAGUACAAGAAAAAGAAAUGUGUGGAGCAGCCAGAUGUGCCACCAGAGAUACCGGCUAAAGCCCCUAUUGCAGACAAAAUGCGGAAGCCAAAGCUUUUAAAACCUCAAACCAGAAAAGUGGUUUUGCCCAAAAUUGCUGAGGAGAGUCUGACGUAUGCUGAACUUGAACUAAUGAAGCCAUUGCCUGAUGCCCAAACUGCAAAGACCGGAACCGUGUAUGCUCAGAUACUCUUUCAGGAUAGGCCGGUGUAGCCUUAAACCAUUUACUUUAUUAUUUAUAACAACAUAUAAUACUGAUUUAGGUUAUCAUUGUUUUUCUCUUCUGCUAAAACAUUGUCUAUUUUCAAACACUACCUAAAAGGAAUUGUACAUAUUGUAUAUGCAUUCUUUUUAUCUAUGUUUAAUUGUUAUCUGUGACUUUCCAAAAUGUUUUAUAUUUAAGUAUAGGCCAUAUGUAAAACAGCACUCUAAGUGGAUAUUUCUUUAUUGAUAAGCGACGAUGACAAAAGACAGGCCAUUGUUACAAAUUGGGAUUUACAAAUCCUUGGGAUCUUUUGGGAUAAUGUAAGUACACAACUGCAUGAGAUAUAUCACACUGUGCAAGUCUUACAUAUUGUGGCUUUAAUAGCAACCAACUUUUGCAUUCCCUAUGGUUUUGGGAUUAGUACGAGUUCAGCAGUUUUGGCAUUGAUGGCAUCUGAAGCAUGCUGUCGAUAACCACAAAUUCAUUUUAACUUAGCUUUCAAUAACAAACAACAAUUGUGCUUUAAGUAAUGCAACAACUAUUAAAAAGUGGGUUGAAACAUUGCUUUGCUAAAGUGCCUACAUGUUUUAUACAAUUCUGCAUUAUUUGAGAUGUAAAUUUGUCCCAAAUAAGCUGUCACUGGAGCUUAUCUUGCAGAAAAACCCUAUACAUUUCCAUCAAAAUCAUGGAAUUCAUAGAGCUGCUGUGACUUUAUCACAAACUUCCAACGUGCAAGAAAGUUAUCUUACUGUGAAAUGAAAAAGGCCCCUUAAACCACACUGAGCUCAACCAGGGCCGCUGCCUUUACCACUAACAAGAACCAUCUGUGAAUUUAAUACAGAGACCCCAUGCUCAACACAAGCAAAAUCAUAUACUGCAAGGUUUCUCUUUUCUAUGUCAUUUUAUUUUGUAAAUGUACUGUAAAUUAAACAUUUCUUGAUAAAGCACUGAAUAUUUGAC